UAAGAUUCUUUGGUCAUGACUAAAUCAGAGGACGCUGAUGAAUAAUAAAAAUAAACAAGGAAAUACUAAAAAAUAAACAAAGAAGAAAGAAGAGUAGUACUAAAACUGCUUAUUAAUGACAAACUUUCCCUUUAAGAGGUAUCAAAUUUUGCUAAAAUAUUGAAUAUCUCCAACUAAUAUAUAUGAUAUUUUAAACAUUAUUUAAUAUAUAGGUAGCUAAUAGACUUAAACUAAAAUACUGUACUGUUCGCACAAUUUAAAAGGCUUACGAGAAAGAUGGUCGUAUAGGGAAGAAGGAAACAAGGAAAAAGAAGCUAAAGGUUGAGAAUAUUCUCAAAAUUUCAAUUAUGAAUCCAUUUACCUUUUAACUAUCAGAGCCUAUUGUAUCAUCUGAAGUUAGUCAAGUAAAUUUAAAUAUAAAUAUAUAGAUUUAUAUAGAUAAGCAACCUUCAAAAGAAGAUUAAAUUAAUCUAGCUAAAGAGUAACGUUCUCUUCUUCAAUCGUAAUGCUAGAAACUUUAUAUCAUAUUAUCUUAAUAAUUCUAAAAAGCCAUGGAAAACUAGAAUCCAUAUUAUUAAAGUACUAUCCAGAAUUUAUUUUUGGCAUCGUAAUUAAUAAUAAAGCAACUUCUAGAAGUUAAACAAUAAAUCAAUGUAAAACAAGAGCAUGAACCUCUUUCCCCUAAUUAAACUUAAUAUCCAUUCCCAAUUUAACAUAACCUAUACUAAACAUAUAAUGGUUUUGUAAUACCAAGAGUUAAUUCUUGAUUCAAUAAUGUUAAUGCU